AUGAAUUCAUUUCGUCAACAAUUGAUAACGUAUUUCUCUAUUUGGUUUCUUUUCAUUUGCAUUGUUCAUAGUUCUCGACAAAAUGCUGAAGAACAUCAUGUCAAUGACAAAAUAAAUUCUCAUGAUCAAACAGUAUCUGCUACUCAUCUUCAAGUAUUAAAACAAAUUUUAACUCGUCGAAGUUUUUAUGAUCCGGCAUUUGGUGAUUCUUGGUCAAAAUAUUUAGAAAAAAAACGUAAUUUAUUCGAUCCAGCUUAUGGUGAUUGGGCCAAUAGCUUUAAACGAUCGAAUGAAUAA